AUUUGUCCAUUGUUUGCUGUUUGAGUUUGAGCUUGAACCUAUCUGACCAGGUGAGAGCUGGGGAGGGGCACUGCCGAGUAUACACUGCGAGUGGGAGGGGGCUACUAGCAGUGAUUGACACUUAAUUACACCCACUGGGUGGACCCAAAGACAGUGGAUUAUUUCACAGUUGAUCUGUAUUUUAUUCUACUGUCAGAUCAUAAUGAUAAUUUUAGCAAAUAUAACAAAAAAAUAGUUAGAGACUACAACUUUAAUUUCUCUGGGAAUAAUGCAUGGUUCUUGAUGGGGAAAAAAAAUCAGGCGUAUUUAGAUUCCUGGCAUCUAUGAGUAAGUACAAUUUGAUGCAAAUCUGAAUAAAAAUCUGUAUCUAUUGGAUUUUCUAGUGUGAUAUAUCGUGACUGGUUGGUGUUGCAACCUGCUGGACUUUUUUGCCUGUCAUUCUGCCUGGGUAACAGUUGCAGGUUCUUCAACUGGAAGCCUUCCCCGUUGAAAACCAGAUGAUCUCAGAUGGUGGAUUUAGACUCUGUAGAUUUCCAUAGCCAGUAACUUCCCUUCUCCCCAUCAUCAGAGAGGUCUUUUAGGGCUGUCUUGACCUUUGCCAACAUGAACCGUAUGUCCCUCAGGAAGUGCCUGAUUGCUCAUUUUCCCUCUUGUCUUACUCUGUCUUAAAGGAUGCCUGAUGUAGCUCUUUCCUUGGCAAUGAUUUGCCUGAAUAAUCAAUGCUAAUAUCAGUCCUAAGAAACAAUUAAAUCAGUGACUCCAAACACUGAGUGCCCUUCUCCCAUUUUUACUUAUUUCAUUCUGAUUUUACACACCAUGUUUUUUUUACCCAGCCUUCCAACCCACUAGUUCCACUCUUCACCAUGCAGUCGUAUCUUCACUGCAGCUGUUUGUUCACCGCGAGUCUCUAACCUGGCUUAUUCUGAGUAGCGGCAGCAUGUAGGUGAUCUAAUAUACAUCUCAUCUGCCUAAUAUUCCCUUUGUGAAGCCAAUACAUUUCAGCAUGCCCAAUCUGCUCUCACCGUAUCUCUGCUCUCAGGUGCACCAACACAGGAAAGGAACCAUUUUUGCCCACUACCGUUGCCAAAACUUGUUUGAGUUUUACAAUGAAGGCAAUGCCAGGCAAAUCUACAUAGCCUAUCCAAAUUAUUUGGAGACCAUAAUGAGCAUUAAUUAAUAUUUUCAUAUGUGGCUAUUCUGUAGUUGGCUUAUGCUUAUAUGCUUAUUAGGUAUUUAAUGCUGUAACAAGCAAAAUCAUAAUUGAACACUUAUGAAGUCAAGAAAAUAUCCACUUGCACACCUUAAGGUCUGGACAUAAUACACAACGAUCAGAAUCAGAAACACUCAAUUGAUUUCUGAUUCUGAUCAUUGUGUUUUAUGCUCAGAACACAACAAUCAGAAUCAGCUCAGGGUCAUUAAUUUCAGUGAUAAGAUAACAACUGGCUAGAAGAGAUACUAUUCUGUGUGUAGGUUAUACAUUUGUACAAUUAGAGAGUGUAAGAAUCACUCAGGCCUACAAUGAUAAUGUUAAUCCUUAUUCAUUUAAUUUCCAUAUUCCUUCUUUGUCAAAGCCACAGGGAGCCAUUGCAGAAAGGUAAACGAGCUGCAUAAUAGCCACAACACAAAAACAUGCAUAGAAAAACAAGACUAGCCUCUCCUAGGCCUGAAACUUUUAUUCUGUUUAUUUAUGCCUUUAACUUCCAGUCUUCAUAACAAUAGCUAUCUCCAGUCAGAGAUAACCCUUGAAUUUCAAGCAGGGAGUUGGAUUUAAUCCACCUUCCUCCCCUUCCCCCUGACAUUAUUUUGAGAAAAAUGUUGACUGUGAUGUUAUGAUAUUGUGAUGUUGAAUGUGUUGACUGUGUUUGAUUUAACUGCCUACUUCAGAAGAUUUGACCUUACUGCUUAUCAGAAUGGGCCAAAUUCUUAUAAACCAAACUGUCAUGACAGAAAGAAACACAUUUGCUAUCUUUUUAUCUGAUGAAGAUCUUUUUUGAGAUGUAUCUUAAAGUCCCCUGUUCAUGCCUGUCUAACUUAACUUUAACUUAACUUUUGUAUUUCAACUACUUACCACAAUAUCCCCAGACUCCCUUGCAAACUGCCUGAUUUCAAGGUUUGUUGCAUUGGAGAAACUUGACAAACUUUGUGAAACAGCUAUGGCAAAUUCUGAAUCAUUGGUGUCUUUUUGUAAAUUUGGUGGUACAUCAGAAACUUUAAGUUGUUUCUUUCCUUUCAGAAAGUGCUUGUUGCAGCUUGCUGUACCAGCCUGUCUGCUUCAUUGUCUGAAGUAUCUCUUACCUGCCAACAUUUAGCAUCUGUUUGAACACACUGUUUUAACCAAUUUCACAAUUUAUACUCAAUUUAUGAAAGAAGACAAUAUUUUAGUGCCCAUAAUAGGGGUGGAUAGAAAUAUCGAUACGGCAAUAUAUUGCAAUACUUUGCCGCCCAAUACAGUAUCGAUUUUUCAACUCCAAAGAUCAAUUUUUUUUAAGAGUAAUGAUUCAUGUUUAGACGUGUUAUGAAUACAGUAGGACUUUUGUACCUCCACUCCAGUAGAUGGCGCAAAAGAGCGACUCUGCUGUGCGGUGCAUGUAUUUCUGUAUUAGAGAGAGUGGCAAAGGUCUUUCCAAAAUGGAUGCCAAGAUAAUAAUUCCUCUGCAAUUUAAAGCUGAUAUUUGGAAGCAUUUCGGCAACAAAGCUAAGAAAUAUAGCAAGAACAAUGAGCUGGACAAAGAGAAUGCUGUUUGUAAGCUAUGUCUCGUCGCUGUGAAAUAUUGAGGGAACACAACAAACUUGCGAGUUCACAUGGCAAGAUACCAUUCCGAGAUAUUAGCCGAGAAGCAGCCGCCAAAGCAGACUGAGCCAACCAGACUACGUAAAGAUUUGCGCCUACAAAAUACCACAACACAAACUCAACACCGAUGUGGUCACCAGAUGGAAUAGCGCACAUGAUAUGUGGCAGCCGGCAGUCACUGCUGCCCUGCUGUCACAUGAGGUGAGGAAGAAUGAAAAAGACAUCAGCACUGUCAGUGAGGCCAAGCUGCAGAAGAAACAGUCUCUGCUAUGAAGCCUAUGAAAAUUGCCACUGUGGUCAUGGAAGAAGGGAAAACUCGCAAACUAUCAGCUGUUGCACCAGUCCAUAGCCACCUGAUCCAAGAACACCAGGAGAGCCCAGGUGACUCUAACAUGAUAAAAGAGAUCAAAACUGCCAUACGCCAGGACCUCAAGAAGAGGUACUUAGAUGAGCAGAGGGAGACUCUUCAUGUCUGUGCAGCUUUGGAUCCCUGAUUUAAGACCCUGCCAUUCUGAGGACGAACACCAGACCAUCUAUGACAGAGUCACCACAGAGGCUGCAAGGACCCAGGGGCCGUUUCAGGUGAGCUAGACUAUUAGACUGCUUUCAGAUAUUCUUUCAAUAUUUUUCAUAGACAGUCAAUACAUAUAUUGCACAAAUAUAUUUAAAAAAGCAUAAAUACUAAAAGUUUAAAAUAUAUAAACACUGGUGAAUGUUAGUACACAUUAAUAUUACAUGAACAACAGAUUAUGUCAGCAUUUAAUUGUAAUUUAUUUGAUUUGAGCUUAUUUAAUUUACUUAAUUUCAUGUGAUGCUGUUUUUCAGCAUGGAGGAGCUGGAGAGGAUGUGACAGGUUAGCCAGAGACUCAGGCUGAUGGAGAAGAGGAGGAAGAUGAGAAUGCAGGGCUGGAGGUUCUAGGUGAGGAGGACAAAGGGAGCAGCCAAGGUCCCGAGGAGGAGGAGAGCUUUGCAGCACUGUCCACGUCUAAGAAGAGAUCCAAGGAUUCUUGUGGCCUUGCGGACCUUCGUGGUCAAACAUACACUUCAGGGGCUGCAAAGAAGUUGAAGACACCAGAGAACCAGGCACAAGAGAAGAUGGGAAGAUUCAAAGAGACUGCUCCGAUGCCAAUUACAAAAGGGGCCAAUCCACUGAACUGGAGGAGCACCAGUGAGGAACCUGACCAAGCUGUCUCUGAUCUUCAGCCACAUGUUGGCUGAAAUCAAAGCCAUCUUUCCCGGAGGACAGUUCCAGGGGGACACUUUCAGGAUCACAAAAGCUGAUGCUGCUGACUUCUGGAGAAAAUUUUUUGAUGAAAAGACAAUAGUACCAUGGAAAGUCUUCCGACAGUGCCUUCACGAAGUGCAUCCCAUCAGCUCAGGCCUGGAGGCCAUGGCCCUCAAAUCCACAAUCGACCUCACCUGCAAUGACUAUAUUUCUGUGUUUGAGUACGACAUUUUCACACGCCUUUUUCAGCCAUGGGGAUCAAUCCUGAGGAACUGGAAUUUCCUGGCAGUGACACACCCUGGCUAUAUGGCCUUCCUUACCUAUGAUGAAGUCAAGGCCCGACUUAACAAGUACAUCAAUAAACCUGGCAGUUACAUCUUCAGACUCAGCUGUACACGGCUUGGCCAGUGGGCCAUCGGCUAUGUGACCAGUGAUGGCAACAUACUGCAGACCAUCCCCAACAACAAACCGCUGUUCCAGGCCCUCAUUGAUGGCUUCAGGGAGGGCUUCUAUUUGUUCCCUGACGGACGCAGUUACAAUCCUGAUCUCACCGGUUUAUGUGAGCCGAUGCCUCAUGAUCACAUCAAAGUGACACAAGAGCAGUAUGAGCUGUACUGUGAAAUGGGCUCCACUUUUCAGCUUUGUAAGAUCUGUGCUGAAAAUGACAAAGACGUGAAGAUCGAACCCUGUGGUCAUCUUAUGUGCACUUCCUGUCUUACAGCCUGGCAGGAAUCGGAUGGUCAGGGUUGUCCAUUCUGUCGGUGUGAGAUCAAAGGCACAGAACCCAUAAUUGUGGAUCCCUUUGACCCUCGAAAUGAGGGCAGCAAAUGCUUCCUCCUGGACCAGCACAGCUGCCCCUUGCUGGAGCUGGAUGAUGAGGAAGACCGAGAGGACUGCCUGGUCAUGAGCGGACUGGCAAACAUCAGGAAGCACUGUGCUGAACGCCAGAACUCGCCAAUGGUGUCUCCCAGCUCUUCACCUGUCAGCCAACACAGAAAGGGUCAUGGAGGAGACCUAAGCCACUGUGUCCAGCACCUUGGCCUUCCCCCAGUCCCACCACGACUUGACCUCAUCCAGAAAGGUGCCAUUCGCUCCCCAUCUGUUAGUCCCACUGCCUCCCCCAAGUCUUCGCCAGGCAUGUCCAGAAAACAGGACAAGCCUCUCCCAGCCCCACCUCCUCUCCAGCGGGACCCACCUCCACCACCUCCCCCUGAUCGUCCUCCUCCCAUACCCCCAGAGUCCCGCCUGUCUUGGCUCCCAAGCUUCUCUUCCUUGUCAUCUUCCAUCUCCUCUUCUACCGGUGCACUGCCAGACUCCCAGAUGAACCCUGAGACAUGGUGUUCCAAAGACAGCCACUUUCCAGAUAACCACAGGACUGGAUCCGAAAGCCCAAUCCAGUUUGGUCCCACCAACCCCUCUCACCUGAAUGAAAGACCACUCAGCUGUCCAUCAGGAGGAUUUGUGAGAUUACAUCACAGAAUGGAUGGAGCAAGGAAAUCAGAAAGCUCCACGCCCUUCUCUAAUGGUCUGCAAAUUAGCGAUGAGUAUGACGUCCUUCCCUCACGGCACUCAACAACACAGUCUACACUUGCCAGUAGCCAUAAACCCUCAAACCCUUUCAGCAGUCCUGUGGUAGAACAACAGCUGGGUUCGAUGGAAAGGGUGGAAGACGACUAUCAGAUACCUUCGUCAAACCUCUGCCUGAGUCAGGCUCCUGUCUGCAUCUCUGUGCCUAACAGACACUUGGAGAAUGGCUCCCCAGAGCCAUCCAACGAGGAAAUGAUGCCCUGCCCCCCCGAGCCCAGUGGAGAGUCGGAGUCAGUCAGAGGCUUGGUCUCAGGGGUGGCACAUACCUCACUACGCCGCUUCAACACCAACAAGACACCAUCCAAUUAUGACAUUCUUCUGCCCCCUCAAGCAUUAGAAGACACCUUCAUCAGCCGCCCUCCGUCCCAACCUCCACCUCCACCAGCGCGACACAGCUUAACUGACUUCUCCUCCUCUUCACUGUUGUUGUCCUGUAACUCCGCCAUGUCCUCCUCCUCAGUCAUCACACGACCACACAGGCCCUCCUCUGGACAGGAACACUUGCUGUUAACCCCUGACCCAGUGCUGAACAGUGCUGCUCCUCUGCCCCCAGUCAGACGACACACAGAAAAUGUUAAAGGCUUCAGAGGCUACUUGGAGUGUGACCAUUUACCCACCAGUCAAGCGUCCACGGACUGUUUGCAGGCACCUGCUAGGCCACCCAAGCCACUUCCCAGGAAGAUCCCUCCGGACAGUCAGCCAGGCGAACCCAACAGCCUGGAGCCAGAGAACGUGGACGCCAAGAUUGCAAAGUUGAUGGGGGAGGGUUACUCUUUUGAAGAUGUGAAGCGGGCGCUAAUGAUUGCCCAGUACAAAGUGGAUGUGGCCCGAAAUAUUCUGCGAGAGUUUGCCUUAGUGCCCCCAAGGCUUAACCUCUAGUCCCAGAAACAGUGAAAAAGGAGAACAACAAUGAAGCUGUGCCUCUAAAUAAACAGACUAAAAAGGGCUUCUUCACUGUGCUUAGACUCAGACUGUUGGAACCACAGAAAUAUUUAAAAUAAGUAAAAUUAGAAUUUUUUUUGCAGAACAGAGAUGACAAUGCACAAUAGGGGGGCUGAAAUCAUAACACAGAAAAUAAAGAUAAAUUAAGAGAAAACAGUCUGUGAAUGAUUUGAACAUGUAAACACAAAGAAGCAGGUUCGUUGUUAACAGUGAGCUUUGCUGGUGCUGGCCUCUGGUUUCAAAUGCUCCUGUUUGUCUCUGGGCUUGGACAGUACGUCUGUUUUUAAAGCCCUGAUCAUGCUACUGCUGCUACUGUAACACUCACAUCCUGCCACUCUCCAGACUACACUGGAGGGACUUUCAGAAGCCAUAUAUGUAUGUUUGUGUAGCCAGACGUCAGUGGUGAUUUAUAUUUAUAGCCAGUGAGGGGAGCCAGACUCCACAGUUUCUCUUCUAACUCUUUUUCUCACAUUCUCUCUUCAUGUCUCCUGUUUCACCCACCUUCUCUUCUCACAUAUCUCCAGGACUGCCCAUUAGAGAAUACGCCACUGUUUUCCCAGAGUCUCAGUGACUUGCCAGUCUUAACAAGGUCUGGGGAGUUGGCAGCAGUUACAUGUAACCAGAGGAUGCCUUACUGAUUCAUGUUUUUUCCUCAGACCUGGAGAAAAUGACAGCUCCAGUGGAGCACUCUGGUUAGGCUUGCUUUCUUAUUUAGACUAAAAAAGGUGAAGCAAGAAGAGCAUUGGAGGGUUUGUUUUAUCUCUGCCCCAAGACCAGAGGAUUAAUCAGUGGGGACCUUUUUUAAUUAGUGUCUUCAUCUGUGGACAGCAAGCCUACGAAUGUUUUUGUUCUGCAUGAGUGAGCUAUACCUUUGUACUCUGCUCCUGUCAACCACAAUUUUCUCUUAAUUAAUUAAGUGGUGAAAAAUGUUUAAAUUUUGUGUGUUUAUUUUUUUUUAUGUUUCAUGUUGAAAGCUAGGGUCCAUCGUGCCUCUAUUUAAGCUUAAGCAUUUAAAUGACACAAUGUAUGUCUGUGAACCAGGCAUCAUCUGUCAGAGCUCAGAGACAACAUGCUCUGCAGAGUCACACUGCAACAUUCAUGUCGAAAGUGCUUAUUCUCCACAUAUUUGGAGUGAGAGUCACUUGAUAGCUCUGCAGCAAUUAUACAUUUUGAUUGAUGUGGAGUUAUGUGUGAACACAGUAGAAAUACUGUGCAGCAUUCAGACUAUAAAACGAGUCAUAUGCACCUGAACUGUUGAAAAGUGUUAAAAGUUAGACCCCCUUACCUCAGAAUCUAGAAUUAGUUUAAUUGCCCCCUAAUGACUGCAUGAUGUCAACCUAUGCACACAAUGGAUUUUUCAAACGUAUCAUACUAUUGUUGAUAUUACCAUUUUUUCUUUUGACAAUAGUGUAAAAGAAGUAUCAAACAAGGAAAACCAACCUUUUUACUUUUGUAUCAUUAUUAAAAGCUAAAUCCAGUCAUUUAAAUGUUCUGGCCAUUGCCAUUGCUUAUGGUGACAUGAGGUAUAUGAUAUUGCCAUGUUGGUGUGGUUCUAAGAACAGUGUUGUUCCAACACCAUCAAUGGCAACUUACCAACUGUGUUGUUUUAUGUCCUGGAUUAUCAUAAUUAAUGUUGGACCAUCAUUUCUACAUAUGAAAAAGCAACAAAGUCUACAUCUGGAGAAUAGGACUAUCAAUUAGGAGAUAAUAUAUUUGGAAUAUAUUUGGUUAUGCUCUCAAAGUUAAUCGGGGACAAAAUAAUAAAACAGGCUCAGAAAUAUGUAUUUUUCCAUAACUUAAUAAAUAAACUGUUCUCAGAAGAGCUAGAAAGGUGGCAGGGUCCGCCAAAUAUAAACAACGUAACACAGUAUGAAAUUGUGUUGUCCUUUAAGGUCAGUUUGUUUAUUUAGUUUAUUCAGUCACUAUUCUAAAUUAUAGUUUGUUAUUUAGCAUGUUUAGGCAGAAAAAUAUCAGCCAAUGAAGAUCUUUUUAUUCUGAUUAUAUCCCUUAAGCUACAUAGUGCAACUUUUAGUUUCAUUAAUAUUUGCUGUUUCUUUUCAGAUGGAACAGUCACAGAAAUUAAAAGGUUUAGGUGGAACAUCCUGACAAUACAGGUGUAACAAUACUGAUCACUGUGGUGUUUAUGAAGCAAUAACGCAGGCAUCUUAAAGGUUUGAUGAUUGAUGAAUAUCUCACAAUCAGAUGAUCUUAUGAGGUUAUUUUAACCCUGAUUUGACAUUUAUAGACUCAUGAGCAAACACAGGUUGCCAUAGUAAAUAGCCUAGUGAGUAAAUAGCCUGGUAAACAAACAGUUGUUUUGUGCAUGUAAACAAGGUAUGGCUCUCUGUGCUGCAUGGUCAACAAUUGGAAAAAGGUAAUUCUGUGUGAUGGAGACAAAACACCUAUCCAAGAAAGUGCCCUUAACAUUUAAAAUCUGGGAGGAACAUGUAUCAUUGUAAGUAUCAUCUUCGUCAUCUGGUCAGUGUAACAGAGAACAAACCAAGAUGACCCCCCCACCUCACCCACAUUUUUUCAUCAAGAUGAUGUAUCCAUCCAUUCCUUUGUUGAGCAACACUGUAGAGGGGAUCACCACUGUUUUUUAAAUAUACAUAUUGGAGCCUAAAACCAGUCAUAGAGAUUAUGAUAAUGAGUGAUGCUGUUUGCCAGAAAUCUAAGAACCAAGUCGCUAAUCCCUGUUAUCAUCCACAGUGUAGACAAUUUCACAAAACAUUAUCAUCCCAUGCAACACAGCCAUAAAAGUAUGUAUGCUAAAUAGAAACACUCUUUUAAAUUUAGUAUUAAGCACUUCAGCUAAGUCUUCAGCUAAGCAGCUUUACAGGUCUCCAGUGGGAGACAUUCGGAACUCGGUGUUGAAAUUUCAAUCAUAUUUCAACAGUCAAAUGUUGUUUUAUACUGUGCCUGUGCUUUUUGUAUUGAGCCUGAAAAAGACUUACAGAUUAGAGCGUAGUUAAUGUUGCAUAUUCGACAAUUUCAGUGGCAUUCCCCUUCAAUUUGAUGCAUAAUUUUUGUGCUGGUCUGAUUCUUUCAUUUUCUCUUCUUGAAUGUCUCUGAGCUCAAAAGAAUCCCUUGUGAUAGGGGUAGGUGGCCUUAGGUUACAAAGGGUAAUUUCUGUUUUUUAGUUCCAUUUUUCAUAUGAAUGUGCUCUGGUUACAAAAUUAAACAUUUAUUAUAUGUAAAGCAUAGAGUAAUGUGCAAUUAAUUUAUACAUUAUUAAUGCUUUUUUUAUUUUCAUGGAUAAGUGAAUAAAAAUCCAAGAUUCUUUUGUUUUA